AUGGCAUCUACAAGCAACGUGACAGAAAUUAUUUUCUUGGGUUUUUCCCAGAGCCAAUAUGUACAGAAGGUCAUUUUUGUCAUGUUUCUCCUGAUGUACAUAGCCAUUGUGGUGGGCAAUGGCCUCAUUGUGGUGACUAUCAUGGCCAGCAAAGGGCUUUCUUCUCCUAUGUAUUUCUUCCUUAGCUACUUGUCAUUGGUAGAACUCUGUUACUGUUCUGUCACAGCGCCCAAACUCAUAUUUGACUCUUUGCUCAAGAGGAAAGUAGUUUCUCUUCAGGGAUGUAUCACACAAAUAUUUUUCCUCCAUUUCUUUGGCGGCACCGAAAUAUUUCUUCUGACGGUGAUGGCCUAUGACCGCUGUGUGGCCAUCUGCAAGCCCUUGCACUACGUCACCAUCAUGAACAAGAGAGUGUGUAGCCUCCUGGUGGGGGCAGCAUGGAGUGGGGGCUUGCUGCAUUCUGCUGGACAAACCUUCCUCAUAUUCCAGCUGCCCUUUUGUGGUCCCAACAUCAUUGACCACUACUUUUGUGACGUUCAUCCAGUGUUGAAGCUGGCUUGCUCAGAUACCUUUCUUAUCAGCCUGCUAGUCAUCCUCAAUGGCGGUUCCAUCUCAGUGAUCAGCUUUGUGGUGCUACUGGCUUCUUACGCGGUGAUUAUGCAUUCCCUGAGGAGCCACACGGCAGAAGAACGGCAGAGGGCGCUCUCCACCUGCGCCUCUCACCUGGCUGUGGUGGGUCUGUUUUUCAUACCCUGCUCUUUUGUCUACAUGAGGCCCUGCAUCACCCUCCCUGCGGACAAGUUUGUGGCAGUGUUCUAUACGGUUGUCACACCUCUUUUGAACCCGAUUAUUUACUCUUUCAGAAACACUGAGGUGAAAAAUGCCAUGAGGAGACUUGUGUGGAGGAAGGUGACAUGGGAAGAGAAAUAG